AGCAAAAACUCUGCAGCAAGCAUCGAAAAUGAAGAGGCCCCGAACUUUUGAGGAGCAAACGGAAUGCAUCGUGGACACUUUACUUACAGACUUCUUAGGCACCACAGUGCAAGUUGCUAACCGGGACCUACAUUAUGGAGAUGAAGUAGAUUCAGGAGAGUCUUGCUCUUUUGACGUGGCCAUCAUUGCUGGCCGCCUUAGGAUGUUGGGUGACCAGUUCAAUGGAGAAUUGGAAGCUUCUGCCAAAAAUGUCAUUGCAGAAACCGUUCAGGGACAGGCAGGCGCUGUACUGUGGGACACAGUGAAAUCUCUCAGCCAGGCCUGGUGUGCUCAGGAUUCCAGCUUAGCUUACGAGAGAGCCUUUCUGGCAGUGUCAGUGAAGCUUCUUGAAUAUGUGGCCCGCAUGGCUCCCGAAAUGGCAAGACAGGUGGCUGUCCCCAUGACAAACAUGAUCAAUGGGAACAGUGCCAUCCGGGAGUUUGUCCAGGGCCAGGGAGGUUGGGAAAAUCUGGAGAGCUGA